GUGCAUCCUAAUUUACAUAAGAAAUAUCAAUGUAAUCGGAUAGAUAUUCAAUUAUUGUCUUAUUCCGAAUGCAUUUAGCUAAUAAAAUAGGAUACACUUUUUCUGCUACAUGUUUUUAAUCCCCUGGUCACAUAAAUAGAAGUUUGAUAACCUGUAACAAGUAUAAAUUUAGCACUAAAACUAACCAAGCACUUGAGGAUUAUUUGCAUGUCGGCCAUUACAAAUAUCAAUGCGCCAGGAAACUAAAUGUUAAUGAAGUCAGUCUAAAUUUGAAGUAGACCGUGAUGAUAUUAAAUAUAAGUCGUUAGAAUGAGCCAGUUGAUGUCACUUUGCGUUGCAAUUAUCGCUGAACUGGAGAAAUUAUACAGAAAUGGCUUGAAAUAUAUUGACUAUUUUCUUGCGUAGGAAUACUGCAGUGAUAAAUAGGUUCAUUUCCUGCCUAAUUUUUUUUAACAAUCUCAUCCCAAAUUACCAACAUUUGGUAAAAUUUAAACCAUAAUCAUGAGGAAAAGAAGAUGACAGACGGGAAUAUGAAAAAUGCUGAUGAUUACCUGGUUCGGGUGAAAGCACAGGUAAUGCAGCGAGUUAACGAUAUGGGGUACUGGGUUCCGUAUGAUAAACGAAGCGAGCUCUGUAUAGUAGGAUUACGCAAAGUGUUGGUUCCUCUUGGUGAUGAAAUGCGCACGGAGUAUCUUAUAUAUGGACAGAGAAUAUCUGAUCAUGAAAGUAUUUUAAAUUGUUCCUUAAAAAAGGAUGUUGAAUAUACCAAUGCAAAUCCGACCUUUCUGCAUUGGACAACAGAAAAGAAAAAAUUUGGCCUUACAUUUCAAAGUCCUGCUGAUGCCAAGGCCUUUGAUAAAGAAAUAAAAAAAGCCAUUAAGGACCUUUUGGCAGGUCCUCACAAUGCAGCUGAGGCGGGCGAAGAUGAUGUAUUUAUGCAACUGAACCUGCCAUGUAGGAAGGGUAGCAGCUCCCAGUCAGCAAGUACGGCUAGUACAACCACCAGCUCUCCCACCCCUCAAUCCCCAGGCUUCUCACCCGCCUUUGCGGACCCAUUCGCACAAACUUUCACAAAUAGCCACAACAGGGACCAUUUACAUAGAGUUGUGUAUUGGAGCUCUCCCAACUCUAAGCACUCAUCUCCUGGUAGUGAUAAAUCAGGGGGUAGUAGUAAAAGUAACGAGGAGGUCUGGAAACUUCGCUCUGAUAAAACAACUAACAGUGGUAAGGGAACUGGGGUGGGGUCUACUGGGGGAGUAGUGGGAAGCACAGAUAAUGCACCCGAUGACAGCUAUGUACAAUUUGAACACAACAGACCUAGUACACAUGACUACUCUUAUCCUAUGUGCACAUUGGAUCCAGCAUCCAACAAACAUGUCUCAGGUAAAAGAGACAGUGUAGGCAGUAUAAAAAAGAACAAUUUGGAGUGUACAACCUCUCAACCUCCAUUACCAAUGAAAAAUAAACAUAAAAAACGGGAUAAAAUGGAUAGUAAAAAUAGGUUAUUAGAGCGUUCACGGUGCGUAUACUGUCAUGAAGUAUUUGUACAUGAUGAGAAUCCACGAGGGAAUUGUGAAGACGCCCCUGAUCGGGUGGCAAACUGUAUAGAAAAAGUUUCGUGCCUAUCGUGUGCUCACUGCAUGCUUUACCACUGUAUGUCAGAUCCUGAUGGGGAUUAUGGUCAUCUGUGCGUGUGUGAUUCGAGUGACGAGAACAAUAGCAAGAAAUGGACCGUAUUAACGGUUUUGUCAUUCUUCGUGCCGUGCCUCUGUUGCUACGGGCCACUCACAGCGUGCCACCGUUGUGGGGUGGCCUGUGGGUGCUGUGGGGGUCGGCACAAAGCAGUUUGACCUCCCCCUUGCCCGCCUUAUAUCCCACCCUCAGAGCCUCGUGUUGGUGGCCACUUGAUAGACUGCAUAGGUGACUGAUAUAAAAACCACAGUUUGGAUUAAUGCAGCGCUUGUAUGGCUACAACAAGCUCAGUGUAUAUUUGUACAGUGUAUAACAGUGGAGCCACAAUCAUUGUGUUUCUAACAGAAAACAAAAUGGCUGCCUGGUAACGAAUUGCAGUCUUACAUAGCAACAUUUUUGAACUUUGCUAUCCUUUCACAUUAUCACUUUUGGUGACAAUUAUACAUUGGAAAGAGCAAUGUGUUGGAAUUAUGUGCCAAAGUAGAAUUUUCAAUUUAGUCUAGUGAACUCCUAGCUAGCGUUUCAAAUAGGAAGCUAUGAAUGCAAUUUUAGGAUAAUAGAAUAUCAAUGCCCCUCUGAGGAAAAUUUCAAAUCAUGUUAAAAGAAAGGAUGCUGGGUUAACCAAAUACUGUGAUAGAUAAAUUUAAGGAAUAUGUAUAGUCAGAAUAAAACUUGUCAAAUGUUUCAGAAUUUUCACUACAGUUUAGAUUUUUACGGACAACAUAUUAAUGUAUCAAUGGGUACUUAUCAGUGUAUCAUCCACACAUAUUAAUAUUGGUAGAAUGGCUUGAAAUUGACAAGCUAUGAUGAGCCAUAAAUGCUCCUAAUAAGUGACACAGUGAUUAUAUAGAGUAAUUGCUUGAAUUAUUUCAAACAAAUAGCUAUGGCACUGUAUGUUCCUUAUAGUUGGUGCAGUUCAUACCAUAUUCUUCUUAAUAUGAGCUAUAUACUUUGCUAUUGGCCAAAAUUAUUUGAGACUAAAUCAGAUAACCCAACAACUAGAGAUACUCUUUUAUUUUUGAAUGUAUCUUAACAAUGGUAAUGACCAUUACAAAAAAACAAAAAAUUGAAUUUAUAAUAAAAUAUGAGUAAUUAAAUUUGUUAUUUAUCUGCUAAAUUGUUUCUAAUACUCAACAUUUUCUCAUUGACAUUUAAUCUUCAUCCAGAAAAGUUCAAAUGAUUUUUUAAUAACUGACCCGUUGAUACAUUCUUAUAUGUAGUUCUGUAUAAAAUCACUUGUUCCAAAAUCAGAUUAUGUAUCAUUAAUGUGGAGUCUUUGUAUCAAUAGAAUUACUAGCUGUUAUGUUAAGUACUUGAUUGAAUUUGUUUUCUGAAAAAUUCCCGGUAGAGCAUUUCAAACCACUUUAUGGUAACUUUGUAUUUAUUCUUGAUUUACAAAAAUUUUGAACAUUCAUAUAUGUAACCAAAGUGUCUUAAUGCUAAAUUCAAUUGUAGUUUGAAAAUCCAUAACUGUAGAAAGAAACACAUCAAAAACGAAUCAUGUUCAAAUCAUUAAAUAAUUGCAGUAUGUCAUACAUUAAGAUGUAAGAAUGUAGUAUAAAAUCAUGUCAGUUCUGCUAGUGCUUUCGUAAAUGUACAUGACAGAUAAGCCACACAGAGAAGAUCAUUGUUUAAUACUGAUUAUAUAGUACAUGUAGUUUUCAUGUAUCGUAAAUUACUUGGAAAUUAAAUUGUAUUUGAGCACAAUCGUUCAGAUUUUCCAAGAAUUAACUGUUAACCAACCAACUAUGAAUAUUGCCAAAUGUGAAUUAUAAGCUUGGGACUAUAUCAACUUGCUUAACAGGUCUAAACAGAGAACUCUCUCUCUAUUCUCUGGGAGUGGGAACUAUAGGAGAGGGUCCUCAGUUAAACAUUCAUUGUGAUUGUGUAGUAUAUGAGUUUAAAACAGCAGUGUAGCAUCAGCUAAUGUUCAUAAGUGAUUGUGUAGCAUAAGCAUAUGUUCAUAAGUGAUUGUGUAGUGUCAGCUUAUGUUCAUAAGUGAUUGUGUAGCAUAAGCAUAUGUUCAUAAGUGAUUGUGUAGCGUCAGCUUAUGUUCAUAAGUGAUUGUGUAGCAUAAGCGUAUGUUCAUAAGUGAUUGUGUAGAAUAAGCUUAUGUUCAUAAGUGAUUGU